AACAACGUGCAACUUACCUCUGUAUUGCUCGCUCGCUGUCACCUUCGUCAGUUUUACUUUUCUGCCUUUUUAUACUUUGGAAAAACAGCGACAACGAUGGUUUCAAUGACAUUCGCAACUGUGGCCCUGUGUGCUCUGGGGUAUGCCAUGGCCCUCCCAGCGCCCGAUUUUUCCUACGUGAGAGAGGGCCAGUGUCUUGCUAUGGCCUCGAGUGCUCCGCUGAACUACGAGCAGUUCUCCGGUCGCUGGGUCGAGGUGGGCGCCCGACCUAAUAUCUUCCGUAGAGAACGCCAGUGCAGGAACUUCCAUUUCGUUGUUACUGAAGAUACACCCCUUCGCGUGACCACCGGAAUGGACAAGGAAAACAAACUCACAGAAGUUAUUACCGAGCUUGUCCCUAAGGCAGAACCCUCUACUUUUGACGUGAGGAUUCAGGGCUUCUCCACGAGCGACCUUGUGGUAGUGGACACCGACUACACCUCGUUCUCGUGCGUGUACCAGUGCCAGCAAGCCACGCCCGACCGCAAGGUGGAAUGGGCCUUCGUCUACGCCCGCGAGCUGUCCCAGGCUAAUGUCGCCAUGAAGAGGUGCUCCAAGGUCCUCCAGGCUCAGGGCUUCGACGUCGAGAGCAUCAUGGCUUCCCCUCACCCGACGGAGACCUGCAACACAGCGCUCUAAAAGGGGGAACGUCCCUCCCUCCUGCGCCGUCAGAAGGUCGGAUUUCAUUCUCUUUCCACACGUCCUUUGCCUCCGCCCAUCUGUCCCUCCCCUGGGCUACUGUCACGCCCUUGGCUCGAGGGAAAGGGAGGUGUUUAGGUGGUAGGAAGGGCGUGUUUCAUGCACAUCACACCCCUUCACCUCCAUGAGGUUGUCCUUCACUUGGAACUUGAAGGACGAGCGAAGAACCCAAGUAUUAGCCCGAAAGGAGCCUAAAGGAGGCAGAAUCGAGAUGUGAAUAAUAUAUAUCAUAGAUGUACCAUAAGUUGACUUUGGUCUUCUCAAGGUUGUCUUUAAGGACAUUCUCGAGAAGUAUGUCUGGUAGAUGUGAUGUUUGAUUUGUAGAAUAAUGCAUACAGACACAACCACACACACAUACACACAAACACACAUACACACAAACACACACACACAUACACACAUACACACAAACACACAUACACACAAACACACACACACACACACACACACACACACACACACACACAA